UUUCUUCUCUCUAUAUAUAUAGUCAUCAUCUAUAUAAAUUUCUUCAACAUCAAGUACUUAAUAAUUAUUCCUUAAUUUUCCUUUUUUUUUUCUUUCUCUCUUUGCAAAAGUACUAUAUAAUAAAAACUAUUUUAUAUUUAUUAAUAUUUAUAUAUAUACAAUGGAAAAAAAUUCAGAGAUAAAUAAGCUUGGGAGCUCAAUUCCAGUCCCUUUGGUUCAAGAGUUAGCCAAAGAAAUUGGUAAUAAUAAAAAUAAAGUAGUUCCAUUGAGAUACCAACAUCCAAAUCAAGAUUCAAUUAUUUACAAUAAUACCACUUUUUCUUCUUCUUCUUCAAAUAUACCAAUUAUUCACUUCAAUAAAUUGGUUUCUUCUGACAAAUCCACUAUGGAAUCAGAACUCCAAAAGCUUCACUUAGCUUCUAAAGAUUGGGGUUUUUUUCAGUUGGUGGAUCAUGGAGUGAGCCCUUUACUAAUGGAGAAUGUAAAAUCAAGAAUUAAAGAAUUUUUCAAUAUGCCAAUAGAAGAGAAAAAUAAGUUUAGGCAACAAAGUGGGGAAUUGGAGGGAUUAGGGCAAGCUUUUGUAGUGUGUGAAGAGCAAAAGCUUGAUUGGGCAGAUAUGUUCUAUAUUGUCACUCAACCAAAUCACUUGAGAAAAUCUCAUUUGUUACCCAAAUUACCUCUCCCUUUCAGAGAAACCCUAGAAGCUUACUCAAGAGAGCUAGAGAAUGUUGCCAAGAAAGUGUUUGAUUUCAUGGGAAAAGCCCUAGGAAUGGAGCCAAAUGAAAUGAAUGAGGUACUUGGAGAAGGGUGGCAAUCUAUGAGGAUGAACUACUACCCUCCAUGUCCUCAGCCGGAGCUUGUGAUCGGCCUGAACCCUCAUUCAGACCCCGUAGGUCUCACCAUUCUUCUUCAAAUCAACGAAACGGAAGGUCUACAAAUAAAAAAAGAUGGGGUUUGGAUCCCUAUUAAACCACUUCCUAAUGCUUUUAUUGUCAAUAUUGGAGACAUGACAGAGAUUAUAACAAAUGGAAUUUAUCGUAGUAUUGAGCAUCGAGCAACAGUUAAUGCAGAAAAAGAGAGGCUUUCUAUUGCUACAUUUUAUGGUCCGAGCUUGUAUGGUGACCUAGGUCCAACACCGAGCCUUGUGACACCAAAGACACCAGUGCAAUUUAAGAGAGUUAAUGUUGUGGACUACUUUAAGGGUGUGUUUGCACGCGAACUUCGCGGUAAAUCCUAUAUUGAUUUAAUGAGAGUUGAUUCCAGAGAUGAAGGUAAAAAUGAUCUUGUAUAGGUCGACGAAAAGCUUAUAAAGAUGUCGAAUAAGGGAAUGUUUUGUGUUUUUUUAUAUGUAAAAUUAUUAAUCACGUUUGGAAAGUCACGAUGUAAUUGAAAGUAAUUAGACAAUUUGAUAUGUUUGUUUGACCAUGUAAUUAUAUUGUAAGUGUGUAAUUUGAGGUAAUUAAAAGAUUCUCGUUAGACUCUUCCAAUGAGAAUUGGGCGUAAGUACUAAAAGGUCACUAUGUAAUUGGAAUUAAGUAUAAUUCGAAGUAACUACAAGGUUUGGCAUA